AUGGAACAAACACGGCGGCUACGACUCCGGUUACGCAGUGAAAGGAAAGAGGACAGGAUUAAAGAGAUUAAAGAGGACAGGAUUAGUGACCUGCCGGACCCACUUCUGGAACAUAUCGUCUCAUUCCUUCCGACAAAAGAUGCGAUUGCCACCAGCGUCCUUUCAAAACGUUGGAAACUAAUCUGGCGGUCACAAAUCAUCAUCUAUUUCGAUGACAGACCCUUUACAGACACCUUCUCCUUUCACCAAUUCUUCAAUUCCUUCAUCACCAUGAGAGAUAACACUCUACCCAUCCUCUCACUCCCCCUUAAAUCUCGCCGCCACCGCUUACACUGCAACCACGAUUUUGUUUAUGCUGCAAUUAGAAAAGGGAUUGAAACCCUAAUCGUCGAUCUCCUCCAGCCAACCACACUCCCCUCUAUAGUUCUAAGCACAAAAACCUUGUCGGUUCUCAAAUUGAAGAUGAUAAAGCUGAACGACGACUUUCAAUCUGUUGAUCUUCCCUCGCUCAAAGUCCUUCACUUGGAAUAUGUCACUUUCAAAGCUAUUCGGUAUAUCCAUAAAAUUCUAUCUGGCUGUCCCAUUCUACAGGAGUUGGAAUGUCAGGAUUUAAGAACGGAGAUACCUACUAUGAUGCCUCCUUUAGGUAUUGCAAUAUCUAAUUUGGUCAGAGCCAGUGUUACCCGUACAACUUUUAUUGGGCUAGAGUGGCUUCAUAAUGUGGAGCAUCUCCACAUGUAUGUGGACAGGAUGCCACCUACUAUACGCGGCGUGUUUCACAAUUUAACUCACCUUGAGCUUAUAUUCGGCGAUGCGCUAUAUGGGUCUUACAAGUGGAAAUGGCUCAAAAAUCUGCUUCAAAAUACCCCUAACCUUCAAACUCUUAUCAUUCAUGACCUCUAUAUGGUCUAUGGAGGUGAACAAUGUCUCUCUAGUAAAAAAGAAUGGAACUACCCAGAAAUUGUUCCAGAAUGCCUUUUAUCUCAUCUUACAACAUGCUCACUUAGAGAUUCGAGACUCAUCAAUUCUGAACUUCGAUUUGCAAAAUAUAUAAUGCAGAAUUCAAGACUACUAAACACCAUCACAAUUCAGACUGCCAAAUUCCUAGACACAAAUACAAAACUUCAAGUGUUAAUAGAAUUAUCUUCAUGCCCAAGGAUUUCACCCACGUCUAAACUUCUUUUUAUUUGA